UCCGCUUCACCCAUCCUCCCCCCACCUCCUCACUCGCGCUUCUAGUUCGUCGCAUCGCUUAGCACAACACGAGUACACUCGGCAUACCUGAAUUCUGUUAAAAGCUACUCUCGCUACAGGGGGGCAAAUGUCUCCACCCAGAAUAACUUCGGAAGCCAUGGCAUUUAAAAUAAAAUAAAACCAAAGACGAACACAGCGCUUCUCUCUUAAGACGUUUGUAUUCGCGCAUCUGUAGAUACGCGCAACCAUUAAAUAUUUCACCCGCGGCGAAUGUGCUCUCAUCUUGGCGAUGGAUCCGUGGACGCUGUUUUACCUCCUCGCCAUUGUGAAAAGCAGCCUCGCGGCGGACACCGAGGAGCGCUUGGUGGAGCACCUCCUCAACCCCGCCCAUUACAACAAACUGAUCCGCCCGGCGACCAACGGCUCGGAGCUGGUGACGGUGCAGCUGAUGGUGUCCCUGGCACAGCUGAUCAGUGUGAAUGAGAGGGAACAGGUCAUGACCACAAAUGUCUGGUUAACUCAGGAAUGGCAGGACUAUCGGCUGACUUGGGUCCCGGAGGAGUUCGAUGGGAUGAUGAAGGUCAGGCUGCCCUCCAAACACAUUUGGCUGCCGGAUGUGGUGCUGUACAACAAUGCUGAUGGGAUGUACGAGGUGUCCUUCUACUCCAACGCGGUGGUGUCAUAUGACGGCAGUGUCUUCUGGCUCCCGCCCGCCAUCUACAAGAGCGCCUGCAAGAUCGAGGUGAAGCACUUCCCCUUCGACCAGCAGAACUGCACCCUCCGCUUCCGGUCCUGGACCUACGACCGCACCGAGAUCGACCUGGUCCUGAAGACCGACGUGGCCAGCAUGGACGACUUCACGCCCAGCGGCGAGUGGGACAUCAUCGCCCUCCCAGGCCGGCGCAACGAGAACCCGGCCGACACCACCUACGUGGACAUCACCUACGACUUCAUCAUCCGCCGCAAGCCGCUCUUCUACACCAUCAACCUGAUCAUCCCCUGCAUCCUCAUCACCUCGCUGGCCAUCCUGGUCUUCUACCUGCCCUCCGACUGCGGCGAGAAGAUGACCCUGUGCAUCUCCGUGCUGCUGGCCCUCACCGUCUUCCUGCUGCUCAUCUCCAAGAUCGUGCCGCCCACCUCGCUGGACGUGCCGCUGGUGGGGAAGUACCUGAUGUUCACCAUGGUGCUGGUGACCUUCUCCAUCGUCACCAGCGUGUGCGUGCUCAACGUGCACCACCGCUCGCCCACCACCCACACCAUGCCGCCGUGGGUCAAGCUGGUCUUCCUGGACAAGCUGCCCGCCCUGCUCUUCAUGCGCCAGCCCAGGAACAACUGCGAGCGCCAGAGGCUGCGCCACCGCCGCCGCGCCAAGGAGCAGAGGGACGGGGGGCGGCCGGGCGCCCGGGUGAUGGCGGGGCUGGGGCUGGCCGGGAUGGGCUUCCCCAAAGAGAGCCCCGACCCCUGCACCUGCUACGUGAACCGCGCCUCCGUCAAGCAGCUGGGGGGCGAGCUGGGGGGAGGCCCCCGCCCUCACGCACGCCCUGCUGGGUCAGGCCGUCCCGGGUUCGAGGAGGCGGUGGAAGGAGUGCGGUUCAUUGCCAACCACAUGAAGAGCGAGGACGACGACCGGAGUGUAAGCGAGGACUGGAAGUAUGUUGCUAUGGUGAUCGACCGCCUCUUCCUUUGGAUUUUCGUCUUCGUCUGCGUCUUUGGCACGGUGGGCAUGUUCCUACAGCCUCUCUUCCAGAACUACACAGCCAAGACCAUCACCCACACACCUGGCUGACCUAUCGAUGCUUCCCACCUCUUAGACAGACACUGCCCUCAGCCAAUGAAAAUCAGACUGGGGCACAGAGGGACGAGGGAGAGACCUGUUGAACGUGAUUCUUACUCAUCGUGAACCUGGCCUUAUUGACUGCCACGCCCAGCUAUGUUUAUAUAAACCUAAAAAACAGGAGAAAGAAAGCAAACUGCUUUUGGGGAUUUCUCCCUUCCAACCCCCCGCCUCUUCCUUUUGAGAGACAGCCACACAAGCCAAUCAGGGAAAGAGGACGCACCUGUUUACUUAAUUGAGUGCUAUGCCAGCCAGUCACACUCAACUCUCAAAGCGGACGACGAUACGAAGAUGCAAACACAUUCCCUUCCCAAAUGCUACACACCUUGCAACAGCUUUAGGAGUCUCUUGGAUGACAACUUUACGUGCAAACCAAAACCAGAGAGAAGAAAAAACAUGCCACAUUUCAGUUUCUUUCUUGAGCCACCACUCAAAUAAACUACCAUUCUUUAGCAUAAUAUAACAUAACAUGGUAUAGUAUGAAGUAUAUUGUAGCAUUAGGACAUUUUUCUGUGUUAGCAUUUAAAGGGAUAUGUUCCUGUUAGGGAGAUAUUGCUAUGGUCAAAUAUUGUAUAGUAAUAUAAAUUAAGCAGGAAUGUGAUGUUAAGUCAAAAUCUAUACUAACACACACACACACACACACAGACACAGACACGUACACAUAUAUGCUUAGAGAAAGACAUGGUGUUUUAACAAAAAGGUUUACAUUCUGUGACAGCAAUAAAAAAAAUACGAAAUAAAUCUUGCAAAAACA